AUGUUGAGUACUACACUGGUAUUGGCAUUACCCGAGCCAGGGAAGCCUUAUGCGGUGUAUACAGAUUCUGCGGGCAUUGGUUUCGGUUGUGUGCUGAUGUUGGAGGGCAGAGUGAUUGCAUAUGCUUCGAGACAGUGGCAGGGCAGUGAGCGUAACUGUCCUACACAUGAUCUUGAAUUAGGAGCAGUGAUGUUUGCACUGAAGAUUUGGAGGUCCUACUUGCUGGGUGAGACAGUGCAAGUCUUCAUAGAUCACAAGAGUUUACAGCAUAUCUUCACUCAGCUGAUGAUGAACGCGAGAAACACGCGCUGGGUUGAGUUCUUGGCGGACUAUCAGGUGAACAUUGCUUACCAUCCGGGCAAGGCUAACCUAGUGGCGGAUGAUGAUAAGAUUUUAUGGUGUGAUGAAAUGAUAUGA